AUGUCUAAACUACAGUCGUUUCGUGCGUUCUUAAACGAGCGUUUAACAGCGGCUGCUGUGGAGAUUUUUGGGGCAGUUGAGCAAACGGUAGUGGACUACCAGGAGGAGAAUGAUCGGCUACGGAGACUGCUGCGGAUCACACCGGAGAUAAAUCGAUGCAGAAUAGGUUCGUAUGGAGAUCUACUGAUGGCUAGAUAGUUAGCAGUUCUGCUCAAUAAAUAAACUGUUUAGGGGUUUAGUGAUCACCAUUUCAAGAUGUUUUAUUAACUGCUACCACCGUUUCUAAACCCAGAGGCCCAACAUCGUCAGACUUCCGGGAACGCUUGCAAAGCAAGAUAUGGCAGACCGGGGUAUGAGAAGUCAAUGAGAGAAGUGAAAUAUUCCUCCUUAGUUGUGCAUUAUCUCGAUUUCUAAAGGCACAGCCUAGAUUCAAACCAAUGUUUUAAGCAGGUGAACAUGUCAUUAGUACAACCUCAUGAAAGUGGCAAACUGACACUACUUUAUAUGCCUAAGAGUUGACGGCUUGCACAUGCGCAGUUCGGCGGGAGACGACUGACCUUAUAAAGCCACACAGUGGAGGUGUCACAAUACCCAUAAAACAUAGCAGUCAAACAGGAAAGGGGUUCCAAUCGUUUUUCCACAACACAUUUUCCCCAUCGGGAAUUUUAGAAACACUUAAAAUAAGGGCUGUGUUUCAUGUAGGCUUACCCUCGCGUGACGUUUUGAUACCCAUGUAAAUAUCUAUCGGACAAGGUGACUUAACAAUAUAUUUGCCUGUAUUUACACCCCAACAAUGAAAUUAGCUGCCAAUGUGGUUAUCAUAAAGAACUACAAAUGCCAUGAUGAUCUGGAGGAGACUGACGAAUCGAGGCAAAGGUAAGAAUCUCUGGAUUAAAAAUGCUAGUUAAAUGUAGUAAUGAAUAAAUUGGCUACAUUCCUUUAAAUUGACAAUUCUGUGAACCUGUCUUGUGCAAGUUGUAAGUUGACACAAUACCUGUUAGCAAAGGUGUCAAGUAGAGAUGACGUGCAGGGAUUUGUAGUUUUGCAUGAUGUCUACUUUGAUGCUAAUUAGCAUUUUCGAAUCUGAGAGUAAAUAGAGCCAAACAUAUUGAUAAAAGUCACCUUGUCUGAGAGAGAUUGAUUUACAUGAUUAUCAAAACGUCACGCAAUGGUAAGCCUACAUGAAACACAGCCCUUAUUUUAAGUGUUUAUCAAAUCCCCUUUGGGAAAAAUGAAUGGUGGAAAAACAAUUUGACCGCUAGGUUUUAUGGGUAUUAUGACACCUCCACUGUGGGGCUCUGUAGGCAAUCAUUCUCCCCUGGGGUGUGUUCAGUUCGCUUGAACGUUUGCGACAUUGCAGAACGCUUUGGACUUCGGUGGGUGUGCUGGGGUGUGGCUUGAAGCAAUGAGUGACAUUUAAAGGGCAUUUGAACCCACAGACCCAACCCCUCCCCGUUUUUCCAACUGGUCGCUCAGCACAGUUUCCGUUUCAUUGAAAGUUCUAUUACGUUUUCAUGUACUGAAUGCAGCCCUGGUUAGACCCGAUGACGUGUUUCUGAGAAUGAGCUUAGGUAGCUAACGUCGCCACGACAUUGCCCUACAGGCGUAAUCAGUUUCUACAUAUCUUCCUACCAAACUAUCUUUGCUAAUACCAUACAUGGAUACAAACAUUGUCACAAAACCAGGAAGUGAUUUGAAUUUAUAAAUUAACGUGUAUACAUUUUUUUGCGUUAGAAAUAAAUAUCUUUAUCUUCAGUUUAUUGAUAAGUAAUUAAAAGUAGGUUAUAGUUGUUCAUGAAUCUACUUAAAUCUAGAGUCCUUAAUUGAAACAAUAAUAAAGUGGGGUUACCCCGCCUCUGUUUUGGUAAAAAGGUGAGGGAUGAGCCUGGAGAAAUGUAACCACUCUCAAAUUCAUAGACAGAGCUAUGGAUGCAAGGACUGACCAUCCAUGAUAUCAACAUUAUGGUUGUAACCAUGUUUUGAGGCUAUAUUUACAUUGUUUACAAACAUUGGAGUAAAACAAGCUUAUAUUUUGUGUUCUGUUGAGGGGCAACAGUUGACCUAAGCUCAUGAGGCAUUUAUACAUUAUAUUCUUCAAGUCAAAACAUUUAUGUAGCAACUAAGGAUUCUAGUUUUAACUUCGAAUUGACACCAACCCUGAUGUCUUAAAGCUGUAUAUAUAUAUAAGCUCUGCUCCUCUCUCCUUUCCUCCAGACUCCCUGCAGCUCUCUCUCGCUGUCUCUGAAGAGGAGGUUCUCCCUGAUCAGCAGCACUGUGAGCAGGAGUGGAGCCCCAGUCUGGGGCAGGAGAACCCAGAGCUUCCACAGAUUAAAGAGGAACAAGAGGAACUCAGGACCACUCAGGAGGAAGAGCAGCUUCAAGGGCUGGAGGCUGAUAUCAUAGAGUUCAAAUUCACUCCUUCCUGUGUGAAAAGUGAAUGUGAUCAGGAGGACCCACUUCAGCCCUUGACUCUUCCCCAAACCCAGACUGUGGAGAACAGAGAGAGGGACCCUAAACAAGUAGAUCUCACACCUUUUGUUACUGUGACCCACCUUAAGGGUCUCUACAUUCCCUGUGACCCUCCAGGUAAUCAAAACAAUGCCUCCAGCCACAGCUCAGCUGUAAGCAGUGACCCAGUAGGACUUGACAGCAGCCCACCAUUGGAUCCCAGCCCAUCAUUGGGGGAACACUGUUUCAAACCCAGCACCAUGUCUAGAAAAACUCACCGCUGCCGUGACUGUGGUGAAAUGUUUGUUCUGAAAACGGACUUGCAGAGGCAUGUGACUCUCCCCAUGCAGAGACCCAAUGAAUGCCGCUUCUGCAAAAAACGCUACAACUCCACCUGUAAACUGAAGGCCCAUGUCCGACUCUGUCGCGGUAGGAAACCCUGCACCUGCCCUAUUUGUAGCAAGACCGUCAAACUCAAAGGAGAUCUGUCCAAGCACAUGAGGAUUCACACAGGGGAGAAAUCAUUCAGUUGUGGUUACUGUGGGAAGCACUUCAAUCGCAAGGGGAACCUAACCGAUCAUAUUCCGAUUCACACAGGAGAGAAAGCAUUUAGCUGUGGUGACUGCGGGAAAAGAUUCAGUCAGAAGGGGACCCUAAGGAAGCAUAAACUGACUCACAGAGGAGAGAAACCAUUUAUCUGUGGAGACUGUGGGAAAAGCUUCUAUCAGAAGGGGGACCUAAGUAGGCAUAUACGGACUCACACAGGAGAGAAACUCUUUAUCUGUGGUGAUUGUGGGAAAAGCUUCAAUUUGAAGGGGAACCUAAAGAAGCAUGAACUGACUCACACAGAAGAUAAACCAUUUAGCUGUGAUGACUGUGGGAAAAGCUUCAAUCACAAGUCUAACUUACUGACGCAUGUGAAAAACAUCCACAAAGGAGGAAAACAGGAUGAAAACUGAAAGAAAUAAAAAUUAGGACAAAGAUAUAUUUAGUCACAAGAUGAGAAUAAAAAGGCAGGAUGUGGACAAUACUCUGAGUACACGCUCAUAGACUCACAUCCAGUGGUUGGUGGAGGAUGAUAAGAUGAUACCUCUCCCAGGGACCUGCUCUCCAUGCUUCAGGAUGAUAGUUUCUCUGGUCCCUGAUCUGUUCUAUUCAUAAACUGCUGUUUCUAUAAUAAUAAUAAUAAUAUAAUAUAAUAUGCCAUUUAGCAGACGCUUUUAUCCAAAGCGACUUACAGUCAUGCGUGCAUACAUUUUUUGUGUAUGGGUGGUCCCGGGGAUCGAACCCACUACCUUGGCGUUACAAGCGCCGUGCUCUACCAGCUGAGCUACAGAGGACCACGUUUCUCUCCACAGGUGCUCUCUGCUACUCUCUGGUCUACAUGGAGGGCCUAUCUACUUUACAUCUGUCUGGAGGGGGAGAUAGAGAUCACAGAAUGAGGUUUCUAGUCUCCCAACACUCUCAGAGGCUUUUUAGAGGAAAAUACUGCCUUUUCAGGUCAUGUCACAAGUCUGACAGUGGCACUUCUAAUGAACUCGGUGCUGACACUUUUCCUUUCUAACCACUAGAUGGCACUGUUGGAGAUGUGAUCCCUAUCACAGUGUCUGUUUUAAACACUGUGUUCUUGCCCAUUUACUAAACCCUGUCUUAGUUACCCAUUACUAAACACAUUUAAACAACACACACACACACUGUAUUACAGCUACACAGGACCAUGCUAAACUGAACCAGACAUGACUGACCUGUCUUGGACUGGACUGACCAUAAGGGGAUGUUAUAGAAUAGAUGGUGUGUACUGUGGGGUCAGAGGUGACUGUAAAUCAGGAUUAGGUUCACAACACCAGGAGGAUCAAAGUAAACAGGUGUGUGUUAUCCAGAUUUAUCCCAAUGUGGAGGAGUGGGACUUUAACUGUAUGCAUUGAUCUACUACAAUAGAAAGAGGUGUAGAUGAUAUAUCUGCUUAAAUGCUCCCCAAAGGAGGACAUCUUUUCAUUCUAUACAUACAGACUUCUAGACUAAUGAAUGUUGAAUAGAUCAAACUAAACCCAUGUUUGCUCCUCAGUGUCCCUCUGCUUAAGAGGUGUCUGCAUGACAUCCUACUAUAGCAAAAGGAGAUCGGCUAGCUGGCCAGUGAAGUGGAUCUAUUACACUAACAAGGAUCCUUUCAGUAGGCUACAACAACAUGAGAAGUGAGAAUGGGAAUUGUAUUUCUAAUCUCUAUCCCUCCCUGUGUGUAGCGAGUUUAGAAAGGGUGAGUGGAACAGAGUUAAAAAUGUACCGUAAACUCACUCCACAGCAAGCUUGAAAUGUCACCGCUGGAGCUAUCAAGAUUAGAUAUUAGAUAUUUCUCCAUAGCUCAACAAGUUGGUACAUUGUCAAGGAGUUAGGUCACGUGUGUUUGCAAGCAGAGGAUCACUUGUUAGAGCCCGAUAUACGGACAGUGGAGGAAGCUAUACUGUUAACAGAACACUGAUGUCCAUUUCACUCAACAGGAUACUAGGAGAUGUAGGAGAGAGAAACAGGAGAGUGUACAACUGAAUGCUGAGAGGGCACUGUUGUGACUAUCUCUCUGCAGUGCUAUUUUGUCCUGUUGUGAGACUGUCUGGCAACAUAUUGUCAUCAAUACUUUACUCGCAACUAAACAAACGACCCAAGUGGUGGUGACGGAGAGUAGAAGAGUGUCUUCUCUUUUCAAUCCUCUCUCUCUCUGAGAACUGAUACCAAUUACACAUAUCAGUCGCUAGGAGGCAGCACUUCACUGUUCCAAUCAGAAUGCAAGGAGCCUUGGAAUGAAUACUACCUUUGAAGAAACGGAAAUAUCCAUGGAUGAAUGUAAUGUAAUUCUGUAAUGACGUGGGUUAGUUAUUGCAGCACUCACAUUACUACUGACUUUUCUGUUGUGAUACGCAUCAUAAUUUUCUGUUGUGACACACUUCAUCAUUGUGUUGUCCUUGUUCUGUUUUAGCUCUUCUUUACACCUCUGUGGAUGAUAAGCCUGGUACAUAAGUCAUGGAAACAGGACUGAAGUCUGUUGACACUCAAAGUUAGCGUCACAUACACACACCUGUCCCACUACAUUAACAGACCUAUGCUUUAUACAACCAGUCAACCCAGCUGCGGAUUUCAGAAAAAAUAUUAAUAUAUAUUUUUAAACGUUCCAUGUAAGUAAAGUUGAUUUGAUUCAAAUGAUGUUAUAGUCAGAGACAUUGAAAAUAUAUGCUUUCUAGAAAAUAUCUCCUUCCAUUUGUUCAAGAGUAUUUAUCAUCCAUUUUGUCCUAAUGCUGCUCAAGUAAUGAUCUACAGUAGACUCCUGAUAAGUGCAUUUUGUACAUGUGCAAACUCUGUUUUAAGUGCAUUACAGUGUUUUUUCAGCCCCCUUUCAAUCUUUAUAAUUUAUUUUGAUAACUGCGUUCUUCGGUUUAGUGCAUGCUGUCCCAACAGUCCCAAGCUGUUGCGGGUCUUUCAAUUAAAUUCAUGCAAGAAAUUAUCAUCCUAGAUCACUCUAUUAUUUAAUAGAACUGUUGUGCCCUUGAGCAAGGCACUUAACUCUAAUUGCUCCUGUAAAUCUCUCUGGAUAAGAGCGUCUGCUAAAUCAAAUGUUUCGUGUUUCCCAAUAUGUAAUUCUCUGUUUUCAUCUGUAGCGUGUAGUACAAAACCCAUCCACAUGGGGGCACUGCUGUGUGUUUAUGGGCUUGUCACCCGCUUCUACAAAAAAACAAAAAAAGACAAUAUGGAAGGAAAACUUGGAGCUUGUUUGUGACCACCAUUCUUAGCUGACCAACUGAAGGGGAAGAUUCCCGGUGUUUGGUGCGACGCAGACAGGGUGGCAUGAGUGGAGAAACAGAAGAAUCAUUGUCUGUUAUUUUGAGUUUUGAUGUUGAGUCUUUGCCCGACAAAGUGAUGUUAGGAUAUAUAAGUUAUCCUGUACGAACUUUUGUGCCGAAUCGUUGUUACACGUGUCAAGCUUAUGGGCUUGUGUCAGCAGUGUGUAGGAGGGAGGUUCCUGGGUGUGAGAAGUGUGCAGAAGGGCAUGAGACAAAGGAAUGUGUCGCAUUGGGGAAAGUAGUGGUAUGUGUUAAUUGUAGGGGUGCCCGUGGGGCUGGGGAUCAGAAAGGUCCCGGGCAAGAGAGGCAGGUUGAGGUUUCCAGGGUUAGAGUACUGCAAAAGUUGUCAUAUGCUGAGGCAGUGAAGAAAGUAGAGGAAGAUGGGUCAAGGGGGAGGGAUCCUGAGAGGAGUGGUGUGGGUAGUAGAUCUGUACCAGUACAGAGGGAUAAACCAACAAGUGAUAUACGUUUCAGUAAGAUUGGAUUUUUGGCAUUUAUAUCAAUGGUUAUCAACUGUACGGCAGGGAUGGAACGUAAGUCGCAGAAAAUAGAAGUUGUGGUGGCAGCUGCAGAGAGGAGAGUUACAGGGUGUGUUAAGUGGUGGUGUCCCAUCCUUUCAGGCUGUUGGCCUGAAGUAGGACUAAAUAGAUUUAAAUAGUGGAGUAUGGUAUUUAUUAUUGUUUUUGUGAGUGUAGUGUUAGAUGGUAGGGUAUUUGUUGUAUUAUUAUUAUAUAUUUUUUUUUUUAAGCAAAGUAUAAGGGAGGUAUACUCCAGUCUAGUAGGUGGCGGUAAUGCAACAUUUAUUGGAUGCCAACCGCCGUUAAACCUCAUCAAAGAAGAAGAGGACCACCACCAUUCUUUCCUCGUGGACUGAAGCCAUACUAGCUGAAUACCCAACUCUCAGUACACUGAAACAUGUCUAAACUACAGUCGUUUCGUGUGUUUUUAAAUGAGCGUUUAACGGCAGCUGCUCUGGAGGUUUUUGGGGCAGUUGAGCAAACGGUAGUGGAGUACCUGGAGGAGAAUGAUCGGCUUCGGAGGUUGCUGAGGAUCACACCGGAGAUACAACUAUGUAGAAUAGGUUUGUAUGUAGAUGUACUGCUAGUUAGAUAG